UCAAAUUCUUCCACACAGGAAAUUGAAAUCAUGUCUCAGUUGAUUAAUGAUUCAACAACCAUAAAACUUUUUGGGACAACCAUUUUUCUGACACACAACAUCUAUGUCUCUUCCAAUGAUUCUUCCUCAAAAUUUGCUCAUGAGGAUUUCUCUGAUCAUAGUCUUCAUUCAUCUGUAUCUUCAUCUUCUACACUUGAUGAAGUCUCCCAACAAACCAUAGAGGAUUUAAACACUCCCUCAGCUGAAACAGAAGCUUCGCAUCAGUCUUCCACAAAACUUGAUGAACAAAGUGAUAUGUCACAAGACAAAUCUCCAAAGAAACCAGACAUAAUUGUUCCAUGUCCAAGAUGCAAAAGCAUGGACACAAAGUUUUGCUACUACAACAACUACAACGUCAAACAGCCCAGACACUUUUGCAAAAACUGCCAGAGAUACUGGACUUCCGGAGGAACCGCCAGAAAGAUGCUUGUAGGAGCAGGUCGCCGUAAGAACAAAGCCACUUCUUCUUUUUCUUCCAAUGUCUUGCAUUAUCCUCAAAUGAAUACUUUCUGGACAUUUGGAUCAAAUUCUUCUCACAUGUCAUUAUGGAAUGUACAAUCUAUCCCAACACAAUCUUGUGGCCCAAGUAAACCUGCAUUAGGGAAACAUUCAAGAGAUGGAGACAUGAUCAACCAUUCCAACUCAGAUAAAGAAAAGCCUGGAUUUGAUGACCCUAAUGAUGUUGCAAGGAGUUCUAUAUGGUCAACAGUAGGAGUAAAGAAUGGGAGAGGAAUUUUCAAGGGAUUUGGAUCUAACUUUGAUGACAAGAAGAACUAUAUAGUUGAAGCAUCUUCAUCAGUAUUGAAAGCUAACCCAGCAGCUUUAUCAAGGUAUACUGUGUUACAUGAGAGAAUUUAAUUGAGUAUAUAUAACAUUAGAUGACUCUGUUAGAUAAAUAUCUUUGAUGUACAUAUAUCAUGUAUGAGAGAGCAUAAAUAACA